CAGAUCCAAUCAGCGCCGUGAAUUCAUCUGUCAUGAUAUUAGAGUCUUUGGAUUUCAGUCUUAUUCGCAAGGACGCGUCUUUGCAUGGAACCAUUCAGGAGUCAUCGACCUCACUCUUAGAGUUCUUGCAUGUCGUACUUUCGACGAAUCCAACCGCCGCUCAUGAUGUGCGCCGCAUGAUGGAAUGCCUCGCUCACUUACUUCGACCGUCCUUCCUAAAUCUGCUGUUCCAAUACCGGCGUCUGUUCCACGCUCUAGCCGUUCAAGAGCUCACAAAAGUCGCAGUCAUUCCCAUCAUUAUAUCUUGGGUGGACGCUGUCCUUGCAAGACUCGGGGAUGUGGUUUCAUGUGUUGCGAGCGCCAUGCAUGAUCGCUACUUCGACGAUGAGCUUCCUGAAGCUUUGAAAAAACGAAGAGAGGAAGAUAAUCUACGGGCUGCGGCUCAGCUCCCAGAUAGGUGGGAUUCCGUCCCGUCGAUCCUGAUGUCCGAAAAGGCUUCACCUGCCGCAAAGCGCUUAGCCCUUCGCCUGUUGGUCUCGCGAUAUGUAUUGCAACCCCAGUUGGCUCUUCAUCCAAGGGUCGUCGAUACACCACUGGACGACAGUAUGGUAUCACUGCUUCCCUAUCUCACAGACUUUAUGCAGCACACUGUGGUGCAACUCUCAGAGUGCUCCCCGCUACACGCGCAACACCAAUAUAUGUUUCAGGAGCGCAUGAAUUGCGCGAUGCUGCUCUCACUAUUCUCUCUCGUGGACUUUACGACGAGUACAAAAGAUACGGAAACAGACGUUCCGUUUCGACCUUACACGCUAGCGACAGUGAUGAGACUGCUACGUUUUGUGAUGCUUGUCGACAAUACGCUCUCAGCGCAAACUGUCGUAUCGCCUUGCCAAGACCUCGAUGCCCCGCGGGUCGUUCUUAUUUUAUGGAGGCAUUUCGUACCUUGGACCUGGCGACUACUCACGGAAUGUAACGCGUCUGAUUCGGAGACCAUCAUCUUUCUGACGACUACAUGGCUUCACUGCGCUUUCGACUCGGACCCUCAAACUACCAUAUCUACGCUGGCGACCCUUACUGGUGACGAACACGGCAAAUAUAUGAUUUGUGCAUAUCUUGCCUAUUUUUCUCGACUUUUGGUGUAUCUUUCUUCAGCUCCGCGUCCUCGAAAUCUCACCACAACUCAAACGGAUGUUCUACUAAAGAUCUGCCGGUACUUCGUUCAUUGGAGCGAUUCGGAUUUGCUAGGCAUUCGCAAGUCUAGUGAUUGCUGUAGAUACCUCACUCUUCUCUUCGUUUAUCUUUCGUGCGUUGACAACGGACACGAUGCUAGCGACUACGUUACACACGCCAUGGCUAGAAUGCAGCCCAGAAGUUUGAGGGACGGUUGGAAGCAGGCGAUACAGGAAUUACCGACGUUUUGUGAUGAGCUAGAGAAAAGCAUGUCCAAUACUCGGAUGCAGCUACUCGAGGACAAGCCUGACAAGAAUCAUAUUCGCAGAGCGAAACAAUUCCUUGACUUUUUGACGAUCACAUGUUUUUCAAAUGUCCAGAUCUCAGACCAGAAGUUAAUGAUCGAGUUCCUCGAGGCCACGAUGAAAUCUUUGCGUCGUGAAUCCGCAGAAAAGCAACUGCAGGACUUGUCCACGAGUUUCCUCUCGUGUUUAACGGCAUUCCAGCGUGGAAAACCGGGAAUUAGGGUCUGUGAUGCUCCUUUAUUGUCGGAUGUCGAAAGUAUCUGGCAAGUCGCUAUGGACAACACCGCUACUGCUGCAUUUGCUUUGCAUAUCAUCUUAUCUCGCCGACUGCCCGACUCACUUACCCAAUCAGAGGCCUGGGAUUACCUACGAAAUGUUCUCCUGAUGAUCGGGUCGCAAGAUUAUUUUGGAGACGAAAGCCCCCUUGCGCUUAUUGUCAAUCCGACAAUAUGCGAUGCUCUCUCACAGUUGCUGAGGCAUGCAGACGAACAUACCGCCGUGGUGAUGCAGUCUUCUCCGUGGACGUCGCACCUUCAAUCAGUGCUGCAGCGAAUUCAACAUUCAGACGAUUGUCCCGACUUGGAUGGCUACUCAUCGUGGCUGAAGAAGAAGAUUUCAAAGCCUGCGGCAGAUUUAAUGAAGCAGAUUGCACGAACGUCGGACGCAGGGGAGUUGCGUCAAGCUACACCGGCGAUUGACAUAAUACCGUGUCGCAUCGACGGUCUGUUUCAACUUGUAUGUGUACUUCGUGCGACUUAGAGCUGGGCUGGAGUUCUAGGCCUAGAUUCCACCGUAGUAGGAGUUAUCCUCGCUCAAUGGGCACUUUUAUGGUAGUCUCGAGGCACCUGGAGCGCACUCGCAAACACAAAUCAAUCUGCGCCGUCAUUGCUGCCAGGUGAGCGGCGCUGAUAAUAAGGACACGCAUCAUCUUUAUUGCAACGUUGGAUAGGGGUUCCCUGGCCAGGCUUGACGGGUGUCACCGAACAUUAUGACAGGUUGCGAUCACCUGAAGGGCACGCAUGACCAUUAC